AUUGCUUCAUCUUCACAUUCUCCUCCAUCACCAUCUCCCAAGUUGUCUUUGCCUAGUAAUCGUGUACACGAUGUCUUCCCCAGCUUCCACGGAGCGGAUGUCCGUAAAUCCUUUCUCAGUCAUCUUCUCAAGGAGUGUGGGAUCAAAGGAAUCAACCUGUUCAUCGAUAACGAGAUCCCUAGAGGAGAGUUCAUCGGCCCUGAGCUCAAGAAGGCAAUCCAAGGAUCAAGAAUUGCGAUUGUGUUGCUCUCGAAAAGAUACGCUUCUUCAUCGUGGUGUCUUGGCGAGUUAGUGGAGAUUAUGAAAUGUAAGGAAGAGUUAGGUCAAACGGUGAUGCCAGUUUUCUAUGAAGUGGAUCCAACUGAUGUCAAGAAGCAGACCGGUGACUUUGGGAAAGUCUUUAAAAAAACUUGUAAAGGUAAAAGAGAUGAUGAGGUUACUAGGAAAUGGAGUCAAGCUUUGGCACAAGUGGCCACACUCGCUGGUUACCAUUCAAAGAACUGGUUCGUCUUUAAAAUCUUUCCAAACACAAAUCAAACUAUAUAUUAAUGUCUUUUUUUGGAACAAUUUAAAUUGACUUUGAUAUAUUUUGAAUAUGUUGUGUAAGGGAUAAUGAUGUAAAAAUG